GACCACUUCCGGUGGGCGGGUCUCGGGGGCGGCUUCCAGGGUUGCCAUGGCAGCGGCCUGGUAAGCGCUGAGGAGCCCGGUGGAGCAGCUGCAGCAAGAGGGGCCGCCGCUUGACCGGCCGGUGGGUCAUCAGAGGGGCCUCCCGGCUCGCCAGGGGCCCGCGCUUCUCUGGGCAGGCCGUGCCAGGCUUUUUUGCCCCCGGUUCCGGUCCAUCUCGGCCGCCGAGUGGCUCCUCCCCCCCGCCACCUCUGGCUGAGCGCCCCCUGAGCACGUGCAGAGUUCCAUGCAGGGCUAGUUCCACUGGGCUGAGUGGAGGCAGUGUGUUUCAUGUCGCAGGGAGUCCCAAAUGCCGUUGACUACCACUCCCAUCAGAGGAACACUCAGCCAGGAGCUGUUCUAAGACCCAAGUGCUUUGCCUGCCAGUGGAAUGACAUCAGAGGCGGCAUCAUGACGAGCUUUCUGGUUAAUCAGAACUGUAUAGAGAGCUUGCAGAAAGACAUCACUGAUCUGCAGGGAACCAUAAUCAACGUGUUCUCCCAAGCCGGGGCCACCCGUUAUCCCUCCUGGAAGUUUCCUGAUAAAGUAUCCUGUGACCUGGACUUGGUUUCUUUGCUGGACCAUUAUGACUUUGUGGAGAACGACCCUGAGUUUACUCAGCACUCCCAUGUGGUUCUCCUGGAACUCGUGAUUGACAGGCUGCUGUUGCUGCUUCAGAGCUUCACAGGAUACACUGAGAACUUGACCAGUGAACAAGCCAUGUCCCCAUCCAAGACACCGGGACCAUGCAUGUCUAUCGGGCUGGCUGUGAAGAAGUACUGGAGCAGCAUGCUGAAACUGGGGGCUCUCUAUCAGCAGCUGGUGGCCGAGAAAAAAUGUAGUAAAGACGACGUCUCCAUCCUGAAGCAUUCCCUGCAGGCAGCCCAAGCUGGGAAUGAGCAUUUUAAGAGCACCUCGGCCCUUUCAGAGUCAGACGUGACACUACCAAGCUUCCGGUCUGCCAGCAGUGGGCUUUGGGGCAGGGCCACUGCAGUCUCCUCUCAGGCAGAGCUGUCAUGUGCUGCCACGAGGCAUGUCCAGAGCACCCACUCCCAGACCAUCGAGUCCUCCCUGGUCCCCUGCGAUGCCUGCCAGAGCACCCAGGCCAGCCUCCGGGAAGUGGGCCAUGCCAUCACCGGCAUCUGCACCAGCCAGAACCUCCCCUCAUCUCUGAGCCGGUUCCUCGAGAUGGUGGAGGAGACGCUUGGCCAGCAGCCCCUCACAGCCACGGACCUCAGCUACUGGGCGACUGAGCAGAGAAAAGACCUCUCCCGCAUCAACAAGCACCUCCAGACCCUGACGGAGCUGGUCAACCCUUUGAAGGAAGGGCUGGAAGAGUCCGAGAAACAGAAGGACGCGCUGAAGCAGCAGCUGGAGACCUUCGAGGGCCGCCUCCAGGAGGAGAAACGAGCCCAAGAGCAGCAGAGGCGGGAGGCGGAGCUGCUCUUUGCAAAAAAGAACGCCGAGAGCCUGCACCUUGUGGCUGCGCUGGAGAGGGACAAAGAGGACCUCCAGAACAGAGCGGCUUCCUUGGCGAAGAAGAUCUCCACCUUGAAAGAGGAGCUCCAGCGGCAGCAGGCGACCAUCCAGGAGCUGGAGCGGACCCAGAAGGAGCUGCUGCAGGAGAUGAAGGUGAAGAUGGCGGACAAGAGCAAAGUGACCAGCCUGGAAGAGCAACUGGGGCUCCUUUCCGGCCACCUGGAGAGCGCCAAGCAGCAGCUGAGCUGGGCCAGCACCGAGCUGGAGAAGGAGAGGGCCAGAGCGGAGAGCGUGCUCCGGCACAAAGAGUCCCUGCAGGCCAAGCAAAGGGCCCUGAUGCAGCAGCUGGGUCAUCUGGACCAGGAAUGUGAGGAGCUGAAGACUGGCCUGGCCGAUGGGGAGGACGAGAGGCAGAUGCUGCAGGAGCAGCUGGAGAAGGGCCAGGAGGAGAAGUGGGAGCUGCAGCGCCAGUUGGAGGCCCAGCAGGAGCUGACUGCAAAGGUGAAGCAGGAGAAGCUGAGCUUGGAGCAGUCCACGUCUGACCUGCAGAGGACCAUCUCAGAGCUGGGGGAGCUUAUCCGGGAGCUGAAGGAGAGAGAGAGGCUCUUGGUGUCCUUCCCAGACCUUCACGUCCCUGCCGAGAUGAGGUUUGAGAGCACCGGCGACAUCGUGGCGGAUAUGGGGAGGCAGCUGCAGGCCAACAACAUCCGCAUCAGCAUCCUGGAAGAGGAGAACUCCCGCCUCCGGGCGGCCGUGACCAAAAUGAAGGAGGCAGCCCAGCAGGGAGCACCAAAGAUGCAAACCCAGGUGGGUCUUCAUGCCGGUCCUCCUCCCAGGACCUUCCCACGGCCUCAGGACCGUAAUACAUUGACUUCCUUCCAUGGGCUGAGGUGGGAUUUCCUCUCUCGGCAGCUCGCGUGCCCCACCCAGCUGUGGAGCCGCAACUCGGCAAAACCCGGCUGCGGCGACGGCGGGACGAUGCUGACGACGCCUCCCGCAGGGCCACUCGCAGUCACCGGGUUCCAGGGAGCAGCCCUGAUGCCCCCCAGCGAGGGGAGCGCGGACCCAAACGGAUCUCCAGGCGGCAGGGGCAGCGCCGGGUCCCAGAGCCGUUGGGAAAAGCCGCCCGCUGCAGAGCCCGCCCGGAGAACAGCCGCGGUGUACUCCUUAGCCCACGAGGGCCCGGCGGCCAGGAGCCCCUCCGCCCGGACCAGGGGGAGAGGAAUGGGCCCGGGCCAGCCCGCACACUGCACCCGGAACCACCGGAAAUGAAAGCCCAGCGCAGGACCAGGAGGCUGCCGAGGGCCUCCCGGGGGCUCUGCCGCGUGGCCGUGGGGUGCGUGUGGCGGUGGGGAGGCCAACCAGAAGGGCUGGGCCCCACAGGAGCAGCCAGCGCCCGGUCGCCCCACUCCCAAGAAUCACUGGCUAACGGGAUGUCCCCCACUCCGAGUCACAUGGUCUCUUCUGAGGGUGCGAAGGGAGGGCAGGGACUUACUGGCGACUUUUGGUAUCUUCCAUCCCACCCUGGACUGGGGUAGGGGGGCAGGGUACCGAGUUCGGAUUCAAUAAAAUCAGAUUUUUUAAAAUAAAAAAACCCUGAAACCUC